AUGGCGGCCAUGAAGAAGCUGUUCAAUGCCGACAUGAUUGGGAAGCUGGUGGAGCACCCAGACCAGCUCGACAUGCAUGAGCUCAUUGAGUUGUCCCGCAGCUUCUUCACGCUGCAGGCGGUGCUGGGAGGUCUGGGCUUCGCGUACGGUGCUUUCCACAGCUCCAUGGGCUUGACGAGCGUGGGCAACUUCAUCAUGCCGCUGUUAGGCAUCUACAGCACACGCGACGACAAUCCAGACAACUACAAGUGCCUUCGGCUCUGUGCCCUGUACUGGGUCCUUGGUGCAAUCUUUUCCUUCUUCGAAGCCUUCCUUGGCUUCGACUUGCACAAGGUGAUUGUUGGCACUCUGAAGACCGCCAUGUAUGGCUUGCAGUGGCUCGUGCUGGCCCGCCUCCUGGAUGGCUUGUGGCGAUGGCUGCAAGUUCGGUACGUCGGAACUGUGAAGUUUUACCUCAACGUGGUGGUCAAGAACAAGAAAGAGGUGGUCCAGACCCAAGCACGGGAGCGGUCGCGCGUGGCGGGCAAGAUUUUGGGAAAGAUCGCCAACCGCUUCGUCGUCACCGACGACGUGUUCUCGGAGAAGUUGGCCGGAAACCUGGAGAAGAGCAUGCCCAAGAGGCUACAGGAUGAGGUCGGCGUGACGGCCACCGUGGCCAAGCAGUACCAGCGCGGAAACUUCUUGGUCCUGCUGGUGUCCAUCGAGCAGCGCCUUGUCACUGGGUUUAGGGUUUAG